GGAAGCACACGCUGUCAGGCACCUCUUCAGUUUCCCCUCUUCGAGCUAGAUGAUUAUUUCAUCGCGUGACAGUCACUACCUGUUUCAGCAUCAACGCAAAGAAAGUCACUCCCCCUGUUUCAGAGGAUGUAGAUACGUGGACCAGUCCCUGGUAAAUCAUUCAAAAAUUGGCGAUAGCAAAUUCUGAGCUGUGUAAAUAUCUAAUGUUGAUUUGCUUAUUCGAAUUAGAAUGCAAAGAGUGUUACCAGUAAGGCUUAGAACAGUGGAGAAGAAGAGGUCUCCAGGAGUGCAAAUGUUGGUGGAAGAGUAUAUUGCGAAGCUCAGGCUCUAUUUCCCCGCAGAGGAUGUUCAACUUCGCUCCAAUCACAGACAUGCUCAGUAAUGCGGAGCUUCGAGAUUAUUGUUUUGUGUUGGUGGAGCUUAUGGCCAUGGGCAAUUGCGAGCACGUGCUAAUGUAUCAAUCAAGUUGUUUUCAAUGGUUUUAAAUCAUCGAACAACUUUACAGGUCAUGGACCAUUCUGAAAGGACAAAGAUACCAUCAUUGGUUUUCUAUAAAAUCUGAAUCGAGACCUGUAGGUCUUACUUGAAUUGCCUGUUCCCUUCCCUUCAGCGGUUCUGUACGAACUGUAUGAUAAUUCAUAUCUUCUGACUAUUUAAAGCUCCCAUAAUUACCAGUAACUUCUUCCAUGUUAAAGGCAUUGAGUUUCAUUUUGGUGUCAAUAUUGUCUUCAACUAGCUCACUGAAACGAGCAACAGGUAUGUUGAUUACUUGAUCGAACAGCUCAGCUGUUUAUAGUUCCUUCUGUGCUAGCUCACUAAACCAGUAUAUGCAUCUUUUGACUUCUUUGAUGGUAUUUUUGUGCUCGUCAUCCAAGUCAUGCAAUGGUGGCGUGUGCUAUACUAUAUUUUAUGACCACCCUUUUUAAAAAAAAAUAAAAUAAAAUAUUUCUCAGGGUCGAGUUUCAGUAAAUGCUGGGGGAGAUUGCAUCUCAGUUCACACAAUAUACGCUUCUUUCACUGAACAAACGUUAUCGCAUUUUCUGGGCCUUUUUCUUUGGGUGGGUAAGUUUCAUAUUAUGAGCCCAAUCUAGGAAUAUGAUCCGGCCCGAAAGCCUGAAUUUGAAGCUAUAGGCUACGAAUAUGCCACGUCACAAGAAAUCCGAGAUCGGCGUGUCAACUUUUCAACUCCACUUUCUCUCUCUCCGUCUUGGAAAAUCUCAAAUGUCUCGACUUGGCAGGUUUUGUGCUAUGCAUGGCCAUUCUCAGCUCCUCUUUUACAUUUUUCCUCCUGAGGAAACUCCUUCACCCAUCAAAACCCACCUCGAUCAUCGCAUCUCGAACGAAUCAAACGCACUAUAAUUUUCCAGUGAGCGUCCUAAUCAUGAAUUCCAGUUCAAGCACCCAACUCAGGUCCUAUUCUCCGUCGACCAGUAAUACCACCUACCAGGUCCCUGGGUUAGACACGGAUGAGAUAGACCGCAUUGCAGACCAAACAUUCGAGCGGUACGCAUCUAAGACCAUGAACAGAAACGGCACCGGCAUUGCCAUUGUUUGGUUUAGGAACGAUUUGAGAGUACUCGACAAUGAGGUGUUGUACAAGGCUUGGGCUUCGUCUGAGGCAGUGUUGCCUGUGUACUGUUUAGAUCCUCGCCUGUCUGGAACCACGCAUUACUUUGGUUUCCCAAAAACUGGAGCCUUGAGGGCCCAGUUUCUAAUUGACUGCUUGGCGGAUUUGAAGAAGAAUUUGAUCAAGAGAGGCCUUAACCUGCUCAUCAAAUAUGGGAAACCCGAGGAGAUAAUCCCUCCACUUGCAAAGCAAUUUGGAGCUCAUACAGUGUUUGCCCAAAAGGAAACUUGCAGUGAGGAGGUGAAUGUGGAAAGAUUGGUGGGGAAAGGUCUACAGGGGCUUGAACUGCUUUCCUUUCCCGGGGAAUGCAUAAGCCAUAAUUCCUUAAAGAAUUGUAAACUACAGCUUAUUUGGAGUAGCUGCACAAUGUACCACGUAGAUGACCUUCCAUUCAACACCAGUAGCUUACCUGAUGUGUACACUCAGUUUCGCAAGUCAGUUGAAGCCAAUUGUGGAAUUCAAAGUUGCAUUCCAAUUCCUAUGUUUCUUGGGCCACCAGUUAGUCUCGAUGAUUGGGGAUGUGUCCCUUCUAUUAAUCAACUUGGACUUCUUCCACAAAAGGUUACCAAAGGAAUGAGGCUUGUUGGCGGUGAAAGUGCUGCGCUGAGCAGAGUACACGAGUACUUUUGGAAGAAGGAUCUGCUCAGGAUAUAUAAAGAGACGAGGAAUGGUAUGUUAGGAUCAGAUUACUCAACAAAAUUUUCUCCAUGGCUUGCUUCAGGAAGUCUAUCUCCCCGUUUCAUAUACGAAGAGGUGAAGAGAUAUGAGAGGGAAAGGCUGGCAAAUAAUUCAACAUACUGGGUUUUAUUUGAGCUGAUAUGGAGAGAUUACUUCAAGUUUAUAUCUAUCAAAUAUGGCAAUUCCAUUUUCCAUCUCGGUGGCCCAAGAAAAGUGGAACAGAGGUGGAGUCAAGACCAAAAAUUGUUCGAGUCUUGGAGAGAUGGCUGUACCGGGUAUCCUCUCAUAGAUGCCAAUAUGAAAGAAUUGUCGACCACUGGGUUCAUGUCAAACCGAGGGCGGCAGAUUGUUUGUUCUUUUCUUGUGCGAGAUAUGGGGAUUGAUUGGCGUAUGGGAGCUGAAUGGUUUGAGACUUGCCUUUUGGAUUAUGACCCAUGUUCCAAUUAUGGAAACUGGACCUAUGGUGCAGGUGUUGGGAAUGACCCGAGAGAAGAUCGAUAUUUCGGCAUACCAAAGCAAGCACAGACAUAUGAUCCCGAAGGCAAGUACGUAGCUUAUUGGUUGCCACAGCUACAAUCCCUUCCAAAUGAUAAGAGAAACUUUCCUGGAAAGUCGUACAUUCAGCAAAUCGUACCUCUAAAGUUUGGCAACCCAAACAUGGCCUCUUCUUCAAGAGGAGCCAGUUCCAGUUCCGGUUCCGGAAGGAGAAAGACAAGAGGGCGCAAGAUAUAGGAUAAUAAAUGCAUCCUUACCAAGUUUUAAUUUUCAUAAUAAUUUAAGAAUGUUUGUUGCUACGAGCACGUACCAAUCCAGAUGAUAAGAAAAUGUGGUCGUUUUGAAAUCUAGUCAGUCAAGACUGGAGACAUAUUCUUUAUGAAAAGAAUAUCAAAUAAUUUAUUCAACUGGAGUUAGAAUGCGAGACUUAUGUUAGUUAGGUGAUGUUGGAAUUG